CACACUGUCCUCGCUAAUAGUGUGUGCGUGUGUGUGUGUGAACGCGUUGAUUAACUAGAAAAUACUUCAAUAAACCAAAUCAAAAACCACCCACAAAAUGUCAACAAUUUAAAUUUUGUUGCAUUUUGCCAUAGACAGGUGCUGAGUGAGCGAGCGAAUAUAGCAGGCAGCAGCAAUAACAAACAAGCAACAAUAACAAAAACCAGACAGCUGCUGCUGGAAGGCAUUCAAACAACAACAAAGACAAACACACGCACACACACACACACACACACACACACACAGGGAAAAAAACAAAUACAAAGGCAGCUUUUCCAGAAAUUGGGUCGCGUUCUUUUCUUUUUUUUUUCGGUUCUUUGGUUUUUGUUUUUGGCAUUUGGCAUUUGUUAUGGCAACUUUGGGCACAUGUUUCGCCUGAAUCGCAGGUGUGCCCAGUAGACAAGUGAACCUGUGAACCUACAGCAGCACCAGCAGCAGAAGCAGCAGCGGCAGCAAUGAGCGUCGUUGGCAAGCAACUGAAUCCCGUGCAAACAAACUCUGCCGCCGUCGCCGCCAACUCAACGGCGGCUGCUGUCGCGGCGGGCAGCAGCAGCGAGGUCAACAAUGCAAAUGCUGCCGCAGCAGUUGUCGCUGCCGCCGCCGCCGCCGCCGCUGGCGAUGCCAAGCGCAAGGAGGAGUCGAAUGUAACGCCCGAGGAUGUGCUGCGUCUGAACAAAAUAACGGACGACUAUCUGUGCUCGGCAAAUGCCAAUGUGUUCGAAAUAGACUUUACACGCUUCAAGAUACGCGACCUGGAGAGCGGCGCCGUCCUCUUUGAGAUAGCCAAGCCGCCCAGCGAGCAGUUCCCCGACGGCCUCUCCGUUGAGGACACCAUGCUGGCCGCCGCCGAGGAUCUAACGCUCGAUGACACUGCCGAUCCCAAUGCCGGGCGCUAUGUGCGCUAUCAGUUCACGCCGGCUUUCCUCAACCUCAAGACAGUGGGCGCCACGGUGGAGUUCACCGUGGGCAGCCAGCCUGUGAAUAAUUUUCGCAUGAUCGAGCGACACUUUUUCCGCGAUCGCUUGCUUAAGACAUUCGACUUUGAGUUCGGCUAUUGCAUUCCAUAUUCGAAGAAUACGUGCGAGCACAUCUACGAGUUUCCCAAUCUGCCACCAGAUCUGGUGGCUGAAAUGAUAUCGAGUCCCUUCGAGACGCGCUCGGACAGCUUUUACUUUGUGGAAAAUCGACUCGUGAUGCACAACAAGGCGGACUACGCCUACGACGGCGGGAUUAUUGUCUAACUGCGGACAGCAGCAGCUAAACUAUGACUAAAAACUAGAGCAAAACUAAAUAGCUAAAACUAAAACUCAAAACUAAAACUAAAAGAAAAGGCAGACACAAGACGAAGACGAAAACCAAAGCAAGCAACAAAAACAAAACAAUUUAAUUAAAGGAAUAAAAACCAUUUUAGCCUUAGCACCAUGUUUUACCCACCAUUCCUGUUUAAUGUAUUUAUUAUGAUAAACAAAUACACACACACGCACACACACACGCGCGCACACACACGCACACAUCCACACGCAAACUGUGUUCAUUUAUAAGCAAAAACUGUAAAACAUUAAGAAAACAAAAAUAUUUGACUUAAUAACGAAAACAAUUUAAUUUAUAAGUGCAAUGUGAUUUUCUUGCAACACACCUCCCUCCCUCCCAAGCAACCCUCAACUAAUUUAACUAAUUUGUAUUUAUUUAAUUGUACUUUAAGCGACAAAAGCCACACACAUACAUAUUUCAAAUACAUUACAUGUAUACACAUCAAG